AUGGGACACAAAAAGCGAUACUCUGCUCCUCGUUCCAAACCUUCGCCGGCGGCUUCUCCGGUGACUCAAUCUCCCAUCGGCGGAGCCGCCAAAGGUUCUACUUCACCCGACUCCGAUGCCACCAACGUUUUCGAUCAGAAUCUCACUAACCCUAGCAAGAACGAAUUAGUUCCUUUUCAAUCCGAGGGUUCUGAUUUCUCUGCGAUUAAGGUAGAAUGUGAGCGUGCCCUAACCACGUUUCGUCGUGGUAACCAUAAUAGGGCGAUGAAGCUCAUGAAGGAGUUGUGCUUGAAGGAGGAGGGUUCGCCUUACUCGGCGUUUGUUUAUCGAAUUCAUGGAUUUAUAUGUUUCAAAGUGGCUUCGAUUAUUACUGAUUGUAGCGCGAAGCAGCGGCAUUUGAAGCAUGCUGUUGAAUCGGCUAGGAGAGCUGUUGAGCUUUCGCCCAAUUCGAUUGAGUAUGCACAUUUUCAUGCUACUGUAAUAUUGGAAGCGGCGACUGAGGCAAAGGAUUAUGAGGAUGUGGUGCACGAGUGUGAGAGAGGGCUUGCUAUUGAAAACCCAAAUGAUCCUGCUAAGGAGACAUUGCAGGAUGAGAGCGAGCAGAAAGUGUCUAGUUUGGAAGACCGGAUAUUACAUGUGCAGGCUGAGUUGAGGCAGCUGAUUCAGAAGUCUAACAUAGCUUCAUUGUCGUCUUGGAUGAAAAAUCUGGGUAAUGGGGAAGAGAGGUUUCGCUUGAUUCCUAUAAGGAGGGCUACGGAGGACCCUAUGGAGGUUAGGUUAGUUCAGGCUAGAAGGCCAAAUGAGAUUAAGAAGGUUACCAAGACGCCUGAGGAAAGAAGAAAAGAGAUCGAAGUUAGGGUAGCUGCUGCAAGACUGUUGCAGCAGAAGUCAGAGUCACCGCAGGCUCCGAAUGAAGGAGAAAGGGAUGACAGGGCAUUGGAUUUGUCUUCAGGGUCUAGUCAGAGGGUAGGUGAGAGGCGAAGGCAUAUGAGAAAAAAUGGCUCUACAGCCGAAAGGAGAAAGUGGGUGCUAUCUUAUUGGGAUUCAGUGAGUAUGGAUGUGAAGAAGGACUGCCUUAGGAUUAAAAUAUCUGAUAUCAUCUCCCAUUUUGGCUCUUCAAAGGAGACUUUGCCAAAAGAUGUUUUAUCAGAAGCUUUGUUAUAUGCCGAAGCCAAUAAAACAUGGAAAUUUUGGGUUUGUGGCAUUUGUACCGAGAUAUUUUCCAAUCCGGAAGGUCAUAGGCAGCAUGUUAUGCAGGCACACCUUCAGACUCUCUCGCCAAAAAUGCAGAGAAUUUUGCCUCAACAUGUUGACAAUGAAUGGCUUGAGAUGAUUCUUAAUUGCUCCUGGAAGCCUUUGGAUGUCUCAGCUGCAGUUAAAAUGCUUGACUGUAAAGCUAAUCUCAAAGGUUCAUCUCUUCCAGAGGAUUAUCUUGCUCAGGGCUACAAUGUUUGUUUUAAAGAUUCAACCAGCUCAUACCAUGAAAAAGAAAGUUUAGGGUACAGUUUUGGUAAUUGUACAACAGAAAGAAGCAAGUAUUAUAAAAUUGCUGAAAGUAAUGCCAGAGAAGGCAUUGAAGACCAACAGUUUAUGGCAAAUCCUGUUACUGAUUGUUGGCCAGUUUCCGAUGACAAGGAGCGUGCAAAACUUCUAGAGAAAAUCCAUGGAGUAUUUGAAAUGCUUAUUAGACACAAAUGUAUUGCUGCAAGUCAUCUUCAGAAGGUCAUACAAUUUAGUAUGGGUGAGAUCCAAGGUCUUGCUGCUGGUUCUGAACUUCUAAAACAUGAUGUAGACCAAACACCAAUGUGCAUAUGCUUUCUGGGAGCUUCACAACUUAAGAAAAUUCUCCAAUUUCUGCAGGAAAUGUCUCAUGCUUGUGGGUUGGGUAGAUAUGCUGAUAAAAGUAGUAGUCCCAAGAAUGAUUUGCAUGAUAUCAUCCAAAGUCCUGAGAUCAGAGAGAAAAUUGUUCUCAAUGGAGAUGCAUCAUGCCUUCUCCUGGAUGAGUCUCUACUGCUAACACAAUUCACUCCUGGUACAGCCCAGGAGUCUGUCUUUGAGGACAUGGUCACCCCAAGUUCUCCUGAUGGAAUUUCAGACAGUAAUGGUGCUUUUCUUUCCUGGCUAUAUUCAAGUCGGUCUAUUGGGGAUCAAUUGUCUACAUGGAUUCAGACCAAAGAAGAUAAAAUAUGCCAAGGGCAAGAAAUGGUCCGGACACUUGACAAGGAGUUUUAUCAAUUACAUAGUUUGUGUCAAAAGAAGUGUGACCGUUUAGCUUAUGAGGAAGCACUACAGACAAUUGAGGAUCUUUGUCUUGAAGAAGGUAAGAAGAGGGGGAAUGUGGAUGAGUUUGUGCAGCGAAGCUAUGAGUCUGUCUUAAAAAGGCGGAGGGAAGAGAUUGCUGAGAGUGAAAAUGAAAUGGCGUAUACUGGCAGUAGGUUUGAGAUGGAAUGUAUAUCAAAUGUUUUGCAAGAAGCAGAAGCGAUGAAUGUUAAUAAUCAAUAUUGCUGUGAUGAAACUUAUCCUGGCGUGACUUCUCAGAUAUGUGACUUGGAAUCCGGUGAAAAUGAUGAAUGGAGAAUGAAGGACUGCUUGCAUCAAAUGGAUGGCUGUGUAGAAAUUGCUAUUCAAAAACUGAAAGAGCAUGCAUCUAUAGAGAUUAGCAAAGCUGACGCUGAGAUAAUAAGAUGUGUUUCAGAGGUGCAGCAAUUGGAACUCAAGCUUGGACUUGUUUCUGCCAAUGAUUAUCGAGCAAUACUUGUGCCUCUUGUGAAGGUGUACCUAAAGACACUUUUGGAAGAUUUGGCUGAGAAAUAUGCUAGGGAGAAAUCUGAUGCUGCAGGUGAAGCAUUUUUGGCUGAACUUGCUCUUGAUUCCAAGAAGAUUGGCAAAGGGGGAAAUGAGAGCACGAGACACGUGGAGAAGACAAAGGAUAAGAAGAAGAAUAAAGAUCACAGAAAAACAAGAGAUUUGAAGGCCACAAGUGGUUCUAUGCAUCCCUUGCUUCAGUCUACUACUCUUGAUUGCAGUUCUGAUCUAGUAUCGCCUGAUAGUGACUUUCAAGAUCAUGAGAUUAUUUCCAUGAAUGAUGUUGAUUUGGAACACCACGAAGAUGAUUUUAGACGUAAAAUUGAGCUUGAAGAGGAGGAAAAAAAGCUUGAAGAAACCUUGGAACUUCAAAGGAGGAUUGAAAAUGAGGCCAAACAGAAGCACCUUGCUGAGCAACAGAAGAAAUUAUCUGGUACAUGUGUAGAAGAAGUGUCAGACAAACUUCAAGGUUGUCGAUUGAAGCCUGUUGUAGAUGGCUCAGAUGCGCAAGAAUAUGGAAGACUACCUGUGCAGGAACAGUUGGGAAAGGAGAACGGAUGCCCAAACAAUCUGGACGUCUUGCUUAUUACCGCAGCAAAUGGUUCCAUGGCGCCGACUAAAUCUUUGGCUGAUUCAGCUCCCGCCAAAAUUAAUCACUUGCAUCAGUCAAAAGUUAACCAAGCAGAUAUACCCAAUGGAAUUGUUCCAGAGAAUGGUCUACCUUUGCCUGAUCGGCGUGCAGGAAAAAAACAUAAGCGGAAUAAGAAUUCGUCUAAAAUGGUUGAUGGAAAGUUGGAGUAUGUCUCAUUGGAGGUAAAUGAGAAUAUUGAGGAUAAACAUACUGACUAUCACAUGAGAGAGCAGGCUAAGUUUCAUAACAGUCAAGAUGCCAAACAUUUGUUGGAAAGCAAUGGAGUAAAGGUGAUGAAAGAAUUGCAAGUAGAAGAUGAGGAGGAGGAAAGAUUCCAAGCCGAUCUUAAAAUGGCUGUUCGCCAAAGCCUAGACACAUAUCAAGCACGUGGAAAUUUGCCUUUGGUUUCAAGUUUAAGGAUGCCACAGAGAUCUUCCUCACAGGUAGACCGUUCAGGUCUUGCACCUUUGGAAGAUUCAGCUCAGGACGUGAAUGGAGCUAGUUUACUUGGUACAGGACUGAUGAAUGAAGUGGGGGAAUAUAAUUGUUUCCUCAAUGUUAUUAUUCAGUCUUUGUGGCAUUUAAGCCGCUUUCGGGUGGAAUUUCUUGGCAAAUCAAGAUCAGAGCAUGCUCAUGUGGGUAAUCCCUGUGUUGUCUGUGCCCUGUAUGAAAUAUUUACCGCUCUAGACCUUGCUUCAAAGGAUUCAAGGAGAGAAGCAGUUGCACCUACUUCCCUGCGGAUAGCUCUAAGCAAUCUAUAUCCACAGAGUAACUUCUUCCAGGAGGCUCAGAUGAAUGAUGCUUCUGAGAUGAACUGCUACCAUUGUGAUCUUGAGUCCAGACGUUUGAAGUAUACUUCUUUCUUUCACAAUAUAAAUGCCAAUGCCCUUAGGACAAUGAAGGCUAUGUUUCCUGAGAGCUCCCUUGACAGGCUUUUGAAUCUUGUGGAGAGGAACCAUCAACUGGCUUGUGAUCUAGAGGCCGGGGGAUGUGGCAAGCUCAACCACAUCCAUCACUUUCUUUCAGCUCCGCCCAAUGUUUUUAUGACAGUUCUAGGUUGGCAAAAUACAUGUGAGAGUGUUGAUGACAUAACUGCAACUCUGGCAGCCCUGAGCACCAAGAUAGAUAUCAGUGUCCUUUAUCGUGGUUUAAGUCCUAAAAGCACCCAUAACUUGGUUUCAGUGGUUUGCUACUAUGGCCAGCAUUAUCAUUGCUUUGCUUAUAGUCGUGACCACGGCCAAUGGAUUAUGUAUGAUGACAAGACUGUUAAGGUAAUUGGUGGAUGGGCUGAUGUUCUUACUAUGUGUGAGAGAGGACAUCUCCAGCCUCAGGUUCUCUUCUUUGAAGCUGUAAACUAG